AUGAUGGCUCUAGGCGUCUGGGGGGUGUGUCACGAGAUAUGGAUGUGGUUAAUGCUGCCCACAUUGAGUGGGCCCGCUUUUUGUGACAGUAUAGUACCUACCUUAGGUAAACACCACCUGCAUCGCAACUUCCAUUCUCAAAUCCAAUCUCCACCGUGUCUGCCGUCUGCACCUUCCGUCCUCUAA